AUGUCUGACGUACUGCCUACUCAGGUCUCUCCUCAAGCCACACUUGCUGCGUUAAUAAUAUCCGUCGUUGUUCCUUUGUUAGUGGUUCUACUUCGUCUGUGGGGAAACUACGCCAACCACAAAAAGCUCCUUGCAGAAGACUGUGAGUACAACCGUGGCCAAAUCUAUAGCUGAAGUAGACAUCAAUUGAACCAAGCCCUAUUUCAGAUUUCUCCAUCGUUGCCAUUAUCUAUCUUGCCGUUGAGGCAGGCGUAUGUUACGCUGAUAGAGUCGGUAAGUAAAGUCAAGUAUUUCUAUUUCCGCUUGACAGAACAAGUGAAACAGUUUAGCUAAUCAGUACAUAGUUCUCAAUGAUCCAGUUACAACAUUAAAGUUCAUUGGAAAUGUAAGCUUGGACUACACAGCCACCACGUCAUUUAGUUUUAGCAGAUACUAACAGUUUAGUUCAUCAUUAUAGGCGGCGUUAUAGCAAUACUAGCGAGCUAUUUUGCCAGAGUUCCACUUGUUCUUCUUUAUCUUCGAUUCUUUGGCGUCAAGAAAUGGCUUAGAGUCUCGUCUUAUACAUUCCUUAUUGUAUAUCCUUUGACUUUGGUGGCUGGUGUCAUUUUCACAGCUGUGAAAUGCAACCCUAAUGGAAAGGAUCUUGACGCCCCAUGGCUGGGGUCUUGCAUUCAUAAUGGGUUUAUUGUUGGCGUCUGGAAUGGAAGUUUUGCUGCGCUUAGUGACAUUAUAUUAUUCAUACUUCCGCUUCCAAUUGUCUUCAACUUGCAUCUUUUUUUCGACAAGAAGCUAAGCUUGGUAGUUGUAUUUAUGACUGGAAUAUUGUGACUACCAUGUAGCUCUAUCUCAGAUUUCGAUCUAAUGACAAAAUUCUUUUUAGAGGAAUUACUGCUAGCUUAGUUACUCUCUACUAUCGAGGUUCUUCGCUGGCAGGGGUUAGUGACAAUGAAAUCGGUCAGAUUUUAGGCCAGUAAGUCUCUAUAUGAAGAUGUCCUUAACAAAUUGAACGCUGAUCAGUUAUCUUUCUUAGGGUGCUAGAACAUGCUAUUGCUAUUAUGGCUGGCUGUGCCCCAACUCUUCGUACGGUAUGGAUCAACCAAGUCAUCACCACUGGUCUAUAUGCGAGACUACAAUCAGCAGUUACGAGCCCAGACUCCGCAUCUACGCAAAAACUGUCUGCUACAAAGAAUCCAUCAGGUGGUAGACCUGGUGACAUUGGGUCACGUGAGUAUUUGGAACUUGGGGAAGUUCAGCAUACAACGCGCUCAGAUUAGUAGAGAGCAAAGAUGUAUAAAGGAGAAUGUUUUUUCUAUUUCAAUGCCGGAUUUGAUACUAGGGGGGUCAGUCAAAACCAACAAAUUCAAACAUUCAGAUAGCUUUCUCGCUCCUCAAUAAAGCCAGUAAAGCCACUUCCACCAAACUGUCCAAAUGCAGUCUUUUAAUGAAAAGUCGCACUUUUAGAAUAAAGUACUGUUUGAAAAGAAGCUGAGUUCUGAGGGUGGCUAGACAUUAUGCUCCCCACAGACAGUUCUAGCGUUACAACUAUAUUACGAUAUAGCAGACUGUUGAACAUACCAACUUUGGCAGAGGUAGCGCGUGUCAUAUGUCUUGCUUUCAGCUGCAUGCCCUAGACCUCUUGUCGCCAAGGGUCCCAUGACUGUCUCGUGACUGUGACUGUCUCUUGCAUAUAUAACAACUUCGUAGCAGGAGGGCAAACUUGAAUUUGUUCCCAACAGAAACAACUCUUCUCACCCUUGACUAUUUUGCGGACUUGUCUACAAAUCCAUCUCCUUCUUCCACACUAUCAUGGCAGAAUACACUUCUACGCUUGAAGGGUUUCAACGUGCUAUGAAAUGGAGCCUUACUGGCCCCCCAAAUGACUCAAACUUGUACGUUGAAGCGACUACAACUACGGAUUUCUAUCAAAUCAUGAACGGCAAUCGUAUUGAAUACAAGAAUUAUAUGGAUGGUAUCGAGGAGUGACGUGCUAAAAUUAGUGACUAUAACCCUGUUGUGUAAGUAGAAAACGGUCUUGCCUCUUGAGCUCAUUUGUUAACACUCUUUAAGCCACGAAUCCUCCGCAAUGGAGACCAGCUGGCAGCGCGAAUGACGGGAUCUAUCAAGGUAGAUGGGGCAGACACUGAGUUCGAAAGUUUUAUGUUCGCCAAGGUCAACGCUGAGAGUGGCAAGAUGGAGUGGUUGAUUGAGAGAUCCAUUUGGGGGCCUGUUGGUGGCGUAUCCAAGCAGGGUGUUAACUGAGAAGGUCAGGUUCGCUUAAGCUUGAUCUUACUUUUAGUGGAGCCAUGUACCAGAAUUGACAUUCAUUGACUAUUUUCCAUCUUCCAAGCGACGUUUUAUUAACGAUUGCCUCUCAAGUUGUUGAUAAGAGUUGCCAGCCUAGAAAGCCCUUUUUAUAGGAAGUUCUGACUUGUUU